GAAUAUUUCUAAAUCAGAACUUGGGCGGGACUAAAGAAUAAAUUUUGACACGAUGGCGAUACGUUAUGAAGAGAUGCCAUUUCUCUCCUAUCAAUCAUCGGUAAUUGGUGUGAAAAACUCAUCAUCUUUAGAUUUUGAAAUCAUCUUUUCCGCCAUGUAUUGAACAAUGGUAGAUAUAAACUGAAAACUGGACAUUUUGUCGUCUUCUUCACUUAUGGAUAAUAUUGACAUACGUGCCAUUAUCUGGCUGAAGUGGAUUUUAUGGGUUUAUAGAAGGAGGCCGUAAAUAUUUAAAUACAAACCUGAUCUGAUUUUAACAUGAACUACCUCAAAACUUUUAUCUGUUUUCUGUGGCUGCUUUGUUGUUAUAUACAGACGACAAAACAGGAUGCAGAGUUUUGGAAUUCCAUGGCCCAGGAAAACCUUAAGAAACUUCUUCAGAAGCAGUGGAAUACAAAUAUAGCUAAGAAUGUCAUCUUAUUCGUGGGAGACGGCAUGGGUAUCCCGACCAUAACUGCGGCGCGGAUCUACAAAGGGCAGCAACAAAACAAAACAGGGGAGGAAUCAAAACUAGUAUUCGAAGAAUUUCCAGAAGUAGGACUCAUAAAGACGUACAGUGUAAAUGAACAGGUGCCCGAUUCAGCAGGUACAGCCACGGCCUUUCUUUGUGGGGUCAAGGCCAAAUCCGGGGUACUAGGAUUAGAUGAUAGGGCCGACGAGGCUAACUGUACAACAUCUGUUGGUGCAGAAGUGGAUUCAAUCUUAAGAAUGUCUAAAAAGAAAGGAAAAUCGGCGGGAAUAGUCACAACAACACGGUUGACGCAUGCAACACCAGGAGCGGCUUAUGCACAUUCACCAAGUCGUAACUGGGAGGGGUCAUACGACACAGAGCAGGAAAUGGUGGACCCCCAGUGUACCGACAUCGCGUAUCAACUCAUCAUGAACAACUCGGAUAUAAACGUACUAAUGGGGGGAGGAAGAAGGUUCUUUUUGUCAGAAAACAAGACAGACCCGGAAUCCAACUUCACGUUUCGCCACCAGAGGAAAGACUUGGAUCUUGUCGAUGAGUGGCUGAGAGUGAAAGAAGAAGAGAAUGUGUCUCACAGUUACGUUUGGAAUAACUUGGGAUUUAACGCCAUUGAUCCUGAGACCACAGAUUACGUCCUCGGUUUAUUCGACCCGUCCCACAUGCAGUACGAAUAUGAACGUGACCAGGGGCCUUUUGGGGAGCCAUCUCUGUCGGAAAUGACGAGAAAAGCAGUUGAAAUUCUAAGAAAAAACGACAAGGGCUUCUUUCUUCUCGUGGAAGGUGGGCGUAUAGAUCAUGGCCAUCAUGCCACACGAGCCGCCAUUGCUUUAUCAGAGACGGCCAUGUUUGACAGCGCUGUGCAGGUUGCCAAAGAAAUGACUAAUAAUGACGACACAUUGAUAGUCGUAACUGCAGACCAUUCCCACGCCUUCAUGAUAGCUGGAUAUCCCAGUAGAGGAAAUGAUAUUCUGGGGACGGUUGAUUCUGCUCCUGGGGAUGAUGGGAUGCCGUACACAACCUUAAACUACGGAAAUGGCCCCGAACAAAGAAGGAAUCUUACGGGGAUAGAUACCACCUCCUUCAGCUUCCAGCAGUCCGGAGUGGUUCCCAUGAGUUCUGAGACUCAUGCUGGGGAAGACGUUCCUGUCUACGCUACAGGACCAAUGGCACAUCUAUUUGUGGGAACUCAUGAACAAAAUUACAUUGCGCAUGUCCUAGCCUAUGCUUCCUGUGUCGGCUCAUACCCAGGGCGGUGUGACGUCACACCUUCUUCCGUUACACAGUCUGGUGCUUCUAACACUAUGAUCUCAUUUCUCCUUCUAUCUUUGUCAUUCAGUCUCUGUUUGCUAUGAAAUCCAAUUUGUUUGAGUUAUGUGUAUCAUAAUCUUUAUAUUUUUGAAAUAAAAAUUUGUUAAACAAAAUG